AACAAUCACGCGUUGCUUUUGGCGUAAUUCAAACAUUAUCAACAUGGAUUUAAGACUUAUGGAUAAAUUGCGUUUAUUAAAAAUCGACACGGAUCUGCGUCCCCAGAUAAAAAUGAAACCGUUGAGUCGAUAUUAUUUCGUGACGUCCACUAAUCCGAACGAACAGUUUUUCGUGUUUGCCUCGACAGCGGCCUGGUUGAUAAGGAAGUGUGGCAAGGAUUUCGCUCAGCCCAACGAAGAGGACGAUCCUAACACAAUCAUAGCUGCAGUAAUUGAUGUACUCAAAGAAAACGAAGUUAAUGUUGAUUUCUCUUCGCAUAAACUAAAACAAGGAUGGGGCGAUCAAGUGUGUAGUAUUCUGAAUAUUCUCUCAGAUGAAGCAUUGAAAAAAGAAAACUUUGAAUGGCAAAAACCAGUUGUUGACAUACCAGAAUCAGAAGAGUCGGUUGAUGACAUUGAUCAAGUUGAAGACGAAACCGAAAUAUUACUGGACAAAGUUGAAGAUGAAAUGCCCAUUUAUUCUGAUGAAUCUGAAGGAGAAUUUAAUGCUGACGAAAAAGAACCAAGUAACAUAGCCCAAAAGGUUCACGAUUGGGAAGCCUGGAAAUUAGAAUUGGAAAGGGUCGCUCCGGCUCUAAGAUUGAAGAUAUCCGCCGAUGGACGCGACUGGCGAGCGAGACAUGCACAAAUGAGGAGUUACAAAGAAGAGUUAUUCGAUAGAUUUAAAACAACGGGAGCCCAGCUGAAUAAAUUGCACAGUAGCAUUUCAUCGGCUAUGGAUAAGGUAACGGCCAGGGAGAAUAUAUUGAACGAGCAAUUCGAGCCCCUUGUAAAAGAAUAUGGUUCUCUACUAGACGAACUAAACAAAGUGACAAAUGAAUAUAAAGAGGCCAGUGUUGGUAUCACUGAAAGGCAAGACAUGUUGAACGAGCUUUCAACAAAGCUAGAGAAUAUUAAACAAAGAACCGAAUCUAAAGGGUCUUCGAUGAACGACAAUUCUCCUCUAGUUACAGCAAAGAAAGCUGUCGCGACCUUGAAGAAAGAUAUACAGGAAAUGGACUUUCAGAUCACGGUGUUGCUGUGGCUUCUAACAACAAAGGAAUCGAAUGGCAACAGUUUACUUAAUAACAAGGAAUCUGGGAUGAUUGCCAACGAAGUGUACUAAAUACAAUCUAUACUAAUACAUCAAUCUACAGUGGUUUUUCCGGAUGUUCCGUUAUAACUACUAAACCGUGCAUCCGAUUGACUUGAAACUUG